AUGGGCACCAUAAGUUUUACUGUUGCCAUAACCACUAGAAUAAUGCUAGAGAAGAUACCAUUUUCAGUGAUUUUGAAGCAUCCAGAAGAAGAUAAUUUGGAAAAAUUGUAUGAAACCUACCAUGGAACAAAUAUUAGCAUUCAGUAUCUGGUAACUGUAGAUGUAGUGAGAGGAUACCUUCAUAAAUCGAUGUCUGCCACAUUGGAGUUCAUAAUUGAAUGUGAAACAGCAAAUAUUGCCGAGAAACCAGUUUGUUCUGAAACGGUCAUCUUUUAUAUUACUCAGGACACACAAAGACAUUCACUACUUCCAGAACUGAAAUCAGGUGGUUUCCGGGUAACUGGAAAAAUUUGCACUCAGUGUUCAUUGUCAGAUCCUAUUAGGGGCGAACUAAAAGUUGAAGCAUCUGCAGUUCCUAUUCAUUCUAUUGACAUCCAUUUGCUUCGUGUGGAGUCUAUUUUGGUUGGGGAAAAGAUUGUGACUGAAACCUCUUUGAUUCAGGCUACUCAGAUAGCAGAAGGAGAUGUCUGCCGUAGCAUGACUCUUCCCAUUUACGUCAUACUUCCCCGUCUUAUGACUUGUACAACCAUUUUUGCUGGUUUGAAGGAAUUUAAGAAUGGGGAUAAUCCUCUGACUUCAAAAGCUCGAAGUGCCUUAUCAGAUGACAAUUAG